AUGGCGACGCAUCUUUCGACAGGAGAAAAGCGUAAACGUUCAGCACCGAGCGGGGAGAGUACCUUUUCGAUUCCCUUCGCAGAGAUAAUAGCAAUUCCGAAUACCUUCACGGAAUAUAUUCGUAGACUGCCGCCUUCCGAACCUAUCCAGAAUCGGGUAAAUGUCACAAUAGCCUGCGCGAUAAUAUCUUGCGACAAUCGCAACAGAAUUCCCGCUGUUUGUGUGAGCUGCGCGCCGGCAUAUCGAACUGAUGCUUCUAGAUCAACAGGCACACCAUCAAUAGAUGAUGAUGAGUUUGAUAGCUGUUCAGGUGUUGCUAGCGCAUUGGAAAGGUACUUCAACCCGCUUGCGGCCGAGCUUGCCAUGUCGCUGUACAUGCAAAGAGGAACUGUUGCUUCGAUCCAUAAGCUUGGUCUUGAUUGUGUUUCUGCAAAGCUGCGGCCAUUUGAGGCUCACCGCCCGAUAUUCUAUAGAGCAUGUGACCCCGCAAGCCUUAGGCAGCCAUGCCUCGUAAACCAGAAACGAUGCAUCGCUGCAGCUCGAGUGCACGCAGCGCAUAUGAACAAUUAUGGCUCGCAGGUUCCACGGUAUACGGCCGACUACAUACAUUUUUCCGAGCCGUACGUGCCAGACGUCCUUGGGGCCUGGUCUUCGGAAUCAUUCAUCCAUUCGGGGGCGAAGGAUGGAGAGAGGAUCGUCUGCGAACUAAACCGUAUGAAACGGGACCCCAAGAGUCCAGACUCUAAGCACUCCAGGGCCCGUCCAGCAAUGACAGCGCAAAAGGGGCAUCGCCGUUUUGGUCACUGCGUAGGAUGUGGCGUCAAUGGUAUAUGCCACUAUCCAGUCGUCAAGGAGACCAUUGCCUCUGCCAGUGCUACAGAUGACGUCGUCGGAUCAUGGAAAGGUAUUCAUGCGCCGCCUGGAGUCAUUGCUUGCCCGAUCGCUCCAUCCACUCCUAGACAGAUCGUGCAGGAUCCUCAGCACUCGUCGCUGACAGGGGCACGUGCGGGUACGCCGUCUGAUCGCUAUCGCUUGGCGGUCGAGUUCAUCAACCUGAAGAACAUCUGUUACAAUCGCACGAGCGACCGCGGCAUACGUGACCGUGCAUUGGAUUGGACGACGAAUCGACGUGGCAUUCCAGUCCGUGUCCAAGUGGUGCGACCAACCGCGACCCUUCGUCAUUCCAAGCCCCAUCCCUUCCCACCUACCGUCCAGUCACCUUCGAUCUCAACAAUGCUCCGCGACCCCGAGCACCCGUCAACUACAGCCACGCCUGCGAGUAGCGAUAGUUCGGAACUGUCCUCGACAGCGGUCGCGUCGACCGAAAUCGAGGAGAAUUGUCAGCCUUACGCAGACAAUCAACCUGUCCACCAGAAUACCCCUGUAACUUCUUUAGCACCAAGCUCGGAUGCGUUAUCCCCACUACCGCCGAAACAAUAUCCUUCACACCCCUCUCACCGUCGGGCGAACACCGAAAUUAUCCCGCGGCAAGCCCCUCUGCCGUCCAGGAAGCUCUUCUCCGAUCAAACCAAAACCUACGAAGACUUGGACUCUGGCACUACUCCCUCGAACCCACCAGUUGAGAACACUGCCAGAAGGAGACUCGAAGAAGGCGCAAAACGCUUGUCGGGCUGGUUUCAAGGAAAGUCGGAACCGGUCAACUUAGGAGUAGUGUAUCAGUCAGGAGAGCAGGACUCGGCUGCAACAGACGACAUGGAGAAGCGCGCCAGUCGCGAAUUCUACGGGUCGCCCAAUGUCCCGACGGGCCUGACAAGCCGAACUCAGAAGCGGAUGACUGCGCCAUCGCCUCUGAAACAGGUUACAUCAUCAAGUCCCUUCUCGUUCUUCGGAUUAAAGAGACAGGGAGAUAGCAGACUGGAGCUGCCCGAACCUGCCCAGGACGAGUUCUUGAACCUCGAUAUCAACGCCGCUUUAUUCCCGACUGGAUUCAGUAAUCUGGAAGGCCGGGAAGCCUUUGACGCCCUAAGACAGAAUGCAGAUACUGUACUUAGGCGGCUGCAGGCUGCAUACAAACAGAGGACAUUCGCCUUACAUGAAGCUUUGGCCGACAAGAAUGAGAAGCAAGAAGAGCUGGAGGUAACUCGAACACGGAUCGGGAACCUCAAGAUCCAGUUAGAUGGCAUGGCUGAGAAAGUGAUCCAACAAGAGAAAGCUAUGAAGGCCAUGGCAGAAGAGCUGGAGCAUGAGCGGCAAUUACGUCGCCGAGAGGAAGAGGCACGCCUACGCAGCAUCACGCUGGUUCGUUCCAGCGACGACGAGAGUACCUCUGAUCUGGGGGCUGAACUUCAGACCCCGAAGCGAAGCCUCAAACGCGCCAGCAAUGGUACGUUUACCAGCGAUUCAGGCUUCGAUUCAGGAGACGAGAGCCUUGCUGAGAGUGUAUUCUCCCGCCGCGAAGUGCUCGAGUCUCCGGCGUCGACGGUCGCGCCAUCUCCAAAUAUCUCGCAGAUCGCCUUGUCUACUCCUAGUACAACUGCUCCUGCACAGCAGAGCCAGAAAGAGCUCAAACCAGCUCCAACACCAGCCCCAGCACCGACGCCUGCGCGUCCAUCUACUUAUGAUCGGGUUAUAAAAGGGCUGACACCGCGGAGCAUCGCCAGCUCGUGGACCAACAGCUCGAAGUGUAAUAUUUGUCAUGGGGUUCCUGCUUCGGAAGCAUGGAGUGUCAUGGGGAUCUUGAAGGAAGAGAACAAAGGAUUGAAGGAGCGACUUGGAGAGUUGGAGAACGUGAUUGAUGAUUGUCUCUGUCUUGUUGGGCCCUGA